GUACGUAUUCUCUCACCAAUAAAUAAAUAAAAGAGCAAUAGAAGAAUAUAUCAUUUUAAUUUUUAAGAAUAAAAAGAUGAAGACCCAGAACAUGAUGUUUGUUGUGUUGGUGGUGUGCCUUGCCGUGUGCGUGGGCACUUCCUGGGGUCAUUUUUUUGAUGAUACCACAGGCAAAGCAGAACAGGCCAAGGACGCCGCCGCGCCGACGGUUUACUCCGCCAUGGAUGCCGCCGCACCAACGGUUGACUCCGUCAUGGAUGCCGCCGCACCGACGGUUGACUCCGCCAUGGAUGCUGCCGCACCGACGGUUAAAUCCGCCAUGGAUGCCGCUGCACCGACCAUUGAUGCUGCUGCGCAGAAGUCCGGGUCUUUUGCUUCAUGGGCUUAUGACAAAAUUUCCCGUGGCUUGGGGUUCGGAACGGAAGAACCAGUGGCACAAACGAAGUAUGAAGAGACCAAGACUAAUUAAGUAAGAGAGAACUCCAAGUUCAAUGGAUUAUUAGGGACUCCUAAUAUGUUGCUAAUUAAUGGGAUAUAACGAGUCUGCCUUUUCUUUUCUUUUUGAUUUUUUGAUCCUUUUGAUCCCACAACUGUGGCUAGGUUCCCCAGUUGCUGAGGUUUUUUGACUUGGGCUAAGUGAACCCUAAUAAUACUUUUUCUUUUUUGUUACGUUCA